GCUACAAAACCAGCUACUUGUGACUUCUUCUCAUUUCACACUCACUCCACCCACUUGCAGUAAAAUUCAAAAAAUGCCCCAGCACCGCUGUACCGGCUGGCUUCCUCAGCCACCGGCUCCGGUGCUCCUUCUCCUCACGGUACUCACCCUCUUCCUCUCCGCCAACCCAGCCAUUGCAUGGCGGCCCUGGCCCCACCUCAAACACAACACCUCCGACCUCCGCUUCGGAGACAACAAAAAAUUCGAAGGCUCCUCCGAUUUCGUCAAGUUGCGCUACCACAUGGGCCCUGUACUAACCGCCAACAUAACCGUCCACACAAUAUGGUACGGCACGUGGCAGCCGCGCCAGAAGAAGAUCAUCCGCGAGUUCAUCAACUCCAUCUCCGCCGCCGGCUCCAAGCGCCCCUCCGUCGCCGGUUGGUGGAGGACCGUACAGCUUUACACCGACCAGACCGGCGCGAACAUCUCGCGCACGGUCCAGCGUGGCGCCGAGAAAAACGACCGGUUUUACUCCCAUGGUAAAACCCUGACGCGCCUCUCGAUACAGUCCGUGAUCAAAAGCGCCGUAACGGCCAAAACGAGGCCGUUACCGGUCAAUCCACAGAGUGGGCUCUACCUCCUGCUCACAUCUGAUGACGUGUACGUCCAGGAUUUCUGCAAACAGGUCUGUGGGUUCCACUACUUUACUUUCCCCUCCCUCGUCGGAUACACGCUGCCGUACGCGUGGAUUGGAAACUCGGCCAAAUUGUGUCCAGGUACGUGCGCGUACCCGUUCGCCGUACCCGAUUAUAUCCCAGGGUUAAAGCCGUUAAAGUCACCUAACGGUGACGUGGGAGUUGAAGGGAUGAUAAGCGUUAUCGCGCACGAGAUUGCUGAGCUGGCGAGUAACCCGUUUGUGAACGCCUGGUACGCGGGUCAGGACCCGAGUUUUCCGGUCGAGAUUGCUGAUCUCUGCGAGGGAAUCUACGGUACGGGAGGGGGCGGGUCGUACACGGGCCAGCUGAUGGACGAUCACAAUGGUGCCACGUAUAAUAUGAAUGGGAUCCGACGGAAGUUCUUGGUUCAGUGGGUUUGGAGUCACAUUUUAAAUUACUGUACCGGACCUAAUGCACUCGAUCAGUAAAAUUUUCGGGUCAGUAAAACUUUCGGGUUUUUACUGUUAUAUUUCCUUUUUUACCUUUUGUUGUUUGCAUGGGUUGUUUUUAUUGGGUGUUUUGGCGGGUUUGGGUCUUUGGGUCUGGGCUGUUGGUGCAUGAUUAGUUAAGGUAGUUAAGUUUGUUAAUUAUUGUAAUAAUGAUAUAUUAUAUAUUUUUGGUACACUGGUUGUGUAUACAAAUAGCUGUA